UGAAAAAUUGCGCACACGGCAUAAUAAUUUUCAGCUGUCAAGAGGCUCCGCUCGCUCGCUCGCUCGCAGGUGCUGCUCCUGCUGCUGCUGGUUGAACUUAUAAAGUUUUGAUAGUGUAAGCAUAAAUAUGAGUUCAAGGUUGCUGGGAGCUGCUGCUGCAAAACCGUUUUUGGCUGGUCCUUUUGUGCGCGCCCCUUCCUCUUCUUUCACAAGAAUGUCAACUUCCUCUGCUUACAAGGUUGCCACUUCGGGCAAGCCAUUUACGCCUGCCUACCGCGUUCAGAUUCAAAAGGACGGUCAAAAGAUCUCGCCUUUUCACGACAUUCCUCUCUAUGCCAACAAGGAAAAGACAUUGCUUAACAUGGUUGUUGAAAUUCCUCGGUGGACGAAUGCCAAAAUUGAGAUCGCUACAUGUGAAGCCUUCAAUCCUUUAAAACAGGAUGUCAAGAAAGGCAAAGUACGCUUUGUUCGCAACUGCUUCCCUUACAAAGGUUACAUCUGGAACUAUGGUGCUUUACCACAGACGUGGGAAGAUCCAACCAGUGUGCAUGCCGAUACCAAGGCGCGUGGUGAUAACGAUCCAGUUGACGUGUGUGAAAUCGGUGAAGGCAUUGGUUACUGUGGCCAAGUCAAGCAGGUCAAAGUACUUGGUGUGAUGGCUUUGCUUGAUGAAGGCGAGACCGACUGGAAGUUGAUUGCUAUUGAUAACAGAGACCCGAUGGCAGAAAAGUUGAAUGAUAUUGCUGAUGUAGAAAAGCAUCUUCCCGGUCUAAUUGACGCGACCCGUCAUUGGUUCAAGGUCUACAAAAUGCCCGAUGGAAAGCCAGCCAACAAGUUUGCAUUUGAUGGUCAAUGCAAAGACAAGGCAUAUGCAACACAUGUGAUUGAGGAAACCCAUGACGCUUGGAAGCGAUUGAUUCAGGGCAAGAUUCCUGCCAAGGCAGAUACCCAUGAUAUUAGCGUUGCCAACACGACAGUCGAUGAUUCUCCUUACAGAAUCAACGACGGAUCAAACGUUAAAUCCGUGGAAUCGGAUACUACAUACACGAAGCAAGAACCCAAGAUCGACGGAAAGGACGACAAGUGGUAUUACAUUAGAGCAAGUCUUUAAAGGGGAAUAUAAUGCAUACAUUUAUAUAUACACAUGAUUUUAAAAUUAGAAGCUCUUUCGAGAUAUUAAUAAUAGUAUUAAAAUGGGUUUAGUAAAGCUGACCAAGAC